AUGGGAGAUGGAAGUGCACUCUCAGAAGGAAUGUUAACAUUGGCAAAUCAACCACAAAAAAUCAGUCACGUUUUAGCUGAUUUAAAUUACUUUCAAGCUUCUGUCACCUUGGAUAAUGUUAUAAGUACCAUGACGAAAAAUACUCAGGUUGCCGCUUUUGGUUUAUUCCAACAAAUUGAUUUGAUAAUAACAGUUGCAUCUACUGGUGAUCCUGGUUAUGGAGCAGAUGGAAAUUUUUAUCCACUAGGAGUUCAAUUAAAAUUCCAAGUGCUUGCAAAUGGAAAGCCAAAUAAUGUGGCUAAUAUCACUUAUUCAAUUAUAAAUAAAACUAAUAAUCUCAUUCUGGACUCAGGAACUGUUUGGAAUAAUUAUUUUUUCUACACAUUUACUAAGUUUGGAGAAUAUAAUAUUGUAGUACUGGCUUCAAAUCCAGUGAGCGCGAAAUCAACUUCAAAAGAAAUUUCAAUUAGGACUUCCAUACGUGGAUUAAAAGCUUAUCUCGUCGGUAAUGGUAUGUUGGAACCAAAUCAACAAGGUAUAAUACGUAUUUCAUUUGAAGCCUAUCCAAACGAUGCGUGUUUGUGCGUAGAAAAAUCAGAUGGAGUUGGUCCAGUUUAUUAUCCGAAAUUAACAGAUCCAACAUCUUUCUGUUCAUUAUGUCCCAGUUACUUACGUUUGCAAGAUGCACCAGUCAAUCUGACAUUCUCAUUAAGUGUUCAAUAUGGUUCAAGCGGACCUCAGUAUGUGUCUAUCCAGGCUAUUAGUGCGUCGGAAAUAGUCGAUACUAAAUUAUAUAUCCCUGUUACAUUUUCAACGUGUCCUCCACCUAAAAUAUCUAUGUCGAAUGCAUCAUCACAAUCAACAACUUAUCCAAUUAAAGCAAUUACCUCCGAAAUUAUAAAUAUUGAAGCAAUACUUACUGUACCAGAUUGUUUGUUAUCAGUACCAAAUGAGAAACUAUGGACUUUAUACUCCAUUGAUUUAGAUACUACACAAACAUUAGGACCAAUCUCAUUAUCUCAAGAACUUAGUUCCAAAACACUAAGACUUGGUUUACCUGCUAAUUUUCUUUCACCCGGGCCAUACAAAGCUACGUGUUCAGCGUAUUUUACUCCACCUCAAGGAGUACCAUAUAUUGUCUCAGAAAGCGCAUAUAUAAUAGUUGUCCCACCACCAUUAUUAGUUCAGUUCGAUGUGGGUAAUCCGAUCAGUAAGACAAUCGAUUUAUCUAUUAAUGAGAUAUGCUUAAAACCUGAGGUUUAUUCGCUUGAUCCUGCCAUGAAUAAUGUAAACGUUCCACAGGGUAUCGGAUCUUGGAUAUGGUAUUGCAGGCAAGUCGGUGAAGAAUUGUCAGGAAAGUUGAUUUUGCCCAAACCUCCGGGUUAUCAAUACAAUGCAUACUAUACUGGUUGCUUUGGUGAUGGUCCAGGAGUAAUUGAUACAAAUAAUGGUACUUUGUGCUUUACAACGGAAAACUUUAGAAUAAAUAAAACAUAUGAAGUUACAGUCAUCGGCAGGACAUUUACAUCAUCAUGGCGAAUAAAAAAAGGGUAUUUCAUCAAUAAGUCAAAUGAUGUCAAAGGAUGUAUUGUAUGUGCUACCUUAACUAAAAAUACUGACAUGGGAACAUCUUGUUUACGAUUCAAAUAUUUGCCAAGACCCACACCGGGUAUAUGUACAUAUACUUUAAACGAUACAAAUAUGUGUGUAAACUGCGUAAACUUCACUAGUAUUGUUAGUCCACUGACAUAUACAUUCUUUCGUCCAAGCGAAAUCACUGGAUCUUAUGCGCGCCGCAAUACAAUCACUUGCAGAAGACAAAAAGCCGAAUUAAACAGAUUGGUUGUUACUGGACAGUUGACAGAAAGUGCUGAUCUAGUUACCAGUUAUGCAUCUGCUGUGCAGAUGUUCUCUACUCUUGAAACUCGGAACUCCGCUGGUGCAAAUAAUACCCCAGAUGCAAUUUUAAAUCGUGAUUUACGUUCUAAGGCUGGAAAUAGUCAGAUUAAUAACCCAAUCUCUUUAGAUAUACCGACAGAUCCAGCUCUACUCGAUUACAAUGUCGAUCUCGAGAAGGCAGGUCUACAGACAUCAGGUUUGGAUCCUAUGAGUGAUUUAAUGUUGCAAAACAGUGCAGAUCAACAAUCAUUACUGGUUGGCCAGACAUUAGAUAUGAUCCGUAAUCUGAUGAGCACAUCACAAAAAGUCACACAAGGUUUGUUAAUUGAAGGUGCAUCGCCAAUAACAUUUCAGACGUCAAACGGUGUGAUUAGUCUUUCUAAGAUUCUGCCGAAUAAUUUGUCAAAUAGAAUUGCGGUAUUGGAUGGAAGUCAAAAUGAUGUUUUUGUAAACAAUUUAUGCAGAAACCUUCAAGCUUCAAAUGAAAGUUGUUCAGAACCAUAUAGCCUUCAAACAUUCAUAUCAAAAACAAACCUGUUCUCAUUUCGUGCUGGUUCAUCUAUACCAAUCCCAUUUCAUACUGAGACUAUUUCAAUGAUUUUAUACAAUAAUAAACCAGUUAUCAUUAAAGAUGUCAAAGAAAUAGUUGAAGGAAUUGUUCACAGGUUAUUAAAUUUUAAACAACCAACCUUUACAAGUAUGGAUCCAGGAACAAAUCGACCUCAACUACCAGCUGCACGAAUAGCUGUGGAUAAAACAGAAAUUUAUCAAGCUCUUUUGAUGAGUCAUCAGGUAGUACCAGAUGAUGUAGCUGUAUUUUUCCAGUUGUACCCUGAAAAUAUUUCUGAAUGUCCACAAUAUUUACUGUUUCUAAGACUGAUUGAUCCCCCAGUAAUUUCCUUAUCAACUGGAGGAUAUGAUAUGUGGACAACGUUACCUGAGGAUACUUCACAAUGUGUUAAUAUGACCACAAACCCAAAUGAUCCAAAUUACAGAUAUACAUUUAUGUUGGAUAACCGUCAACUAAUGGAGCUUAGAUCAACACAGAAAUAUAGUGAAAGAUUUGAACUUCUACAAAAGUCUGUAGCUCAAACAGUUUACAUUGGUUUUCGUCAAUUGAAUCAGUAUGAGAUUAAUACGUAUAAAAAUACAAGUCCUCCAUUAAUUCCUUAUCAAUACAGGGACCAAAUAAACAACACAGCACUUUCACGUUGGUUUUUAACAUCUUGUGUAUCUGGCCAAGUGGAUUCUCGAAAAAAUGGUCCACAAGCAAAUGCCGAGUUGGUCCUAAGACUACCGUUCAACAGACUCAAUGUAUAUGUGAUGAAUUUUCCACAUUCACAUCUGGAUGAUUUUAACAAAAAUCCUACACUGUAUGCUACAGAGAUUUCCCUUUGUAUCAUAUUUUUAUUAAUACUUAUCUGGGCACGUAGAGAAGAUAUUAAGGAUAUAGAAAAGCUUACUGUCACACAGUUGUCUGAGAAUAAUCCAGAUUGUGAGUAUUUUUAUGAAAUCAUUGUGAGUACUGGACAUCGUAGAUGUGGAGGCACUGAUUCUAAAGUCUGUUUUAUUCUUUCUGGACAAUAUGGUGAGACAGGCUGUUACGUUCUACAAGAUCCUAAUCGAAAAGUAUUGUGUCGUGGUGCCACGGAUCGAUUUUUACUCGCUUGUCCAAAACCGCUGGGGCCGUUAAUUUACAUACGUUUAUGGCAUGAUAAUUCUGGUGUAGGUGAUAAAGCAUCAUGGUAUUGCAAUUAUGUUGGAGUGGUUGAUUUGCAAACUAGAGAAAAGUCACAUUUUAUUGUUGAAAGUUGGUUUGCAGUUGAAGAAGGUGAUGGUCAGGUGGAUCGUAUUAUUCCUGUAACAAGUCAAGAAGAAAUGUUAACAUUUAUACACAUGUUCAGCACAACAGCAUCUCGAAAUAUGACUGACGAUCAUUUAUGGAUAUCAGUUGUAGCUCGUCCAAUAUUCAGUCGAUUUACAAGAGUGGAAAGAGUUGCCUGUUGUUUACUUUUACUUUAUCUAUCCAUGCUUGGUUCAUGCAUGUUUUACAAAGUUUUUGUAGCUAUUGUUAACAAUCUGCUUACAUUCAUUCCAUUGUUUUUAAUCAUUUAUAUAUUUCGUAAUUCACGUUUACGGGUUAGUCAUGCAACGAAAUUACGCCAUGCUAUUGAAGAACAUUUAGAUGAAAAACUAUAUAUUGGAAAAGCUUCAUUUAUUUAUAGUACUCAGUCAGCAAUACAAGAUACAAGCAAAAGUGAUGACCGUGAGGCUCUGGCUGAAAAUGCUGACGAUACUGAAGGUAAAGAAAAAGGACGAACUUUGUUUUGUGGAUGGCAAAUGCGUAUUUUCGCUUGGUUACUUCUUAUCAUAUGUUUGGGUAUAGCUGUCACUUUUACAACAUUCUAUGGUGUGAUGUUUGGUGAAGCUACAUGUAAAAAAUGGCUGUCAUCAUUGUUUCUAUCAUUCUUUAUAAGUGUACUACUAGCUCAACCAAUAAAGGUACUACUGCUAGCCGUGUUCUUUUCAUUCAUUUGUAAAUCAACUGAUCGAGUAGAUCAAAUAGAAAUUUUUGAAGAAGAAGAUCGAAUAAUCCAAACAUUAGGAAAGCGGUAUCAACUUCGAAUGGAUAGAGAAUACUUAAAUAAUAACUACCUAUCUGAUGAUUUUCGUCCACAACGUUUGGUAAUCCUACCGCCGGAUCCAUCAGACUUGGCACGUGUUCGAGCUUAUCGACUAAAACAAAGACGAGCCAAUGACAUCAUUCGUGAAGUUAUACUUUACGUUUUCUUUCUCACAUUGCUACUAAUUGUCAGCUUAGAUUUCCGUGAUGCUAAUGGAUUUCUCUUGAAAUCUAGUCUACAAAAUUUGUUUUUUCCAAGUUCAUUUCAAAGUAUGAAUGAUGUGGACGAUUUCUAUAAAUGGGCCCAGAAUGUUCUAAUUCCUGGCUUGCGUGCAGAUCGAUGGUAUAAUCGUAAUCCACCUUUGUUCCAACGUGGUUUCUUGCAAGACAGAACAGAUCGAAUAAUUGGUUAUGGAAUGAUGAGACAACUACGAACUAAAAAAGAUUCAUGUAACGUACACGAACUCGCAAAACAUCUAUUCAAACAUUGCUACGGAAGUUAUGAUAUGUUUAACGAAGAUAAAGAAGCAUAUGGGAUAUCAUGGGCUAAGUUUGAAGGCGAUCAUAAGUCGAAUAAUUCUGCACCAGAAUUUGUUUAUCAAAAUUCAUCACAGUUGAAAGGUUAUCCAUAUCUGGGACAGAUUACAUGGUAUUCUGGAGGUGGAUAUGUUCAUUUACUAAGAGGUUCAAAGGAUGAAAUGUUAGACAGGAUGAGUUUUUUGAACCAAACUCACUGGAUCGAAUUCUCUACACGUGCAAUAAUAGUACAAUUUACAGUGUAUAAUCCUAAUAUCAAUCUGUUUGCCAUUAUAACUGCUCUAAUUGAAAUGCCUGGUAUCGGUGCAAUGAUACCAUCGUAUCGUAUCGAAACGGCUAAUUUGUUUGGAGUACUGGGCUCUAAGACUAAGCUUGCGCAAAUUACAUCUCAGGCACUAUUUGCAUUCAUACUAUUUUGUUAUUUAAUCAAAGAAAUACGCAGUAUGUUCAGACAACGGUUGAAAUAUUUCACGAAAUUUUGGAAUUUUGUUGAGUUAUUCAUUAUUUGCGGCUCUAUAGCUGCUAUCGCUGCAUAUAUUUACAUGAUACUGAGUACAAAGUCAUCUAUUGAAGAGUUUUCACGUACACAUGUCUUCUACUUACUUUACAAUGAUACACUAAGUGGUUUUAAGACAAUUUUAAAUGCUAUAGAAACAAGUAUGCAGAUUAUUCUGGGGAAAUUCGAUUUCACAAGUAUGUAUGAACGACAAAUGGUGUUGGGUCCAUUACUGUUUGCUGCUUUCUCUUUAUGCGUUGUAUUUGUAAUGGUCAGUAUGUUUAUAGCUAUACUCGAUGAGAGUUUCCAACGUGUUCUUAAAGAUUUAAGUUUGCAGUCAGAUGAUCAUGAAAUGACUCAGUUUAUUGCAAUCCAAUUUAUCCAAUCUAUUGGUCUAGAUAGAACGACAUGGGUUGAUGUUCAACUAGCAUACUCUUCGCUGAGAAAUUCAGCUCCUUAG